CCAUUUUACACAUAAAACUGAAAAAUAUGAAAUAAAGUUGAAAUUUCUGUUUUGGAAGAAUAAAAUUAUAAAUAAAAUUCACAAAAUAGAUUAUGAUAAAGAAUAAAGUUUACAUUUGUAUUUUGAUCAGUCAAGUGUUGCACUGAUUGCAUUGAUCUCCAUGACAAAGGAUUAUCUGAACUUUGUGAUCAAGAGAUUAAGGAGGCCAGGUUUUCUUCUAAGAGAUCAAGGAAAUCAUGGAUUUAGGGCUUCCCAUUGUUGAUUGGGUAUGUCAUAAAUUCUGCAUCAGAUGGACCCCUUAUAAGGUUGAAGAAUACUACGUCAGUAUUCAUUUCCUGAGAACUGUAAAUACAACUAUGGAAGUUAUCAAGAACAACAAGGGUGGUCUCAAGCUAAUUCACGAAGGCUACUUGUAUACUAAGAGGUAUGCCAGGAAGAAUAUUCGAUGGGAGUGUUCCAGCAGAGCUGCAUUUACUUGUAAAGGCGGUGUGACUUCAGACCUGGAGAUAAAGACCAUCGUUAGUUUCACACAACAUAGCCAUGAUCCACAGGAUCAGUCUGUAGCAGUGGCAAAGCUGCGUUCAGCCAUGAAGGAGCGUGCUGGCACAUCACGUGGUACACUUACUCAGCUCCUAGUCGAUUCCAUCAGUGACACACCUGUAGAUGUACGCGCAGAACUCGGUAAACCUGACCUAUCUGCGUGA